CAAUUAAUCUAGCGGACGGGAAAGUUUAAUUUUUUAUUUUCUCUAUUUUCGAAAAAAGGAAAUACAAAAAGAAAAUAUAAAAUUUAUUAGAAACAAACCCCGAUCAUGGCAGAUGAUGACGAUGCCCAGUUCGAUACCGUGGACUCGGGAGCAUCGAAAACCUUUCCGAUGCAGUGCUCUGCAUUGCGAAAGAAUGGGUUUGUCAUGCUGAAGGGACGUCCCUGCAAGAUCGUGGAUAUGUCGACCUCAAAGACUGGAAAACACGGUCACGCCAAGGUCCACCUAGUGGGCGUGGAUAUUUUCACCCAGAAGAAGUACGAGGACCUCUGCCCCUCGACCCACAACAUGGAUGUGCCGCACGUGAAGCGCGAGGACUACCAGCUGACCGACAUCAGUGACGAUGGAUUCGUCACUCUGAUGGGGGACAACGGGGACAUCCGCGAGGAUCUCAAGCUCCCGGACGGGGAUUUGGGUGGAACUCUACGCUCCGACUUCGACGAUGGCAAGGACCUUCUCUUGACCGUUUUAGCGGCCUGCGGAGAAGAGUGCAUCAUCGCGAUGAAGAACAACACGGGUUUGGACAAAGGAGGAGCAUAAAUGGGGAAAAAAGGACGAACAAGGGUAUUGGAUGGGGAGCAGCUGGAUUUAGAUAAACCCAUACAAAUAAAACAAUGUAUGC